CCUGCGCCGUGGAACUUCCAAACGAAAGCCAUGUACAAUCUCGGUCGAGAUAUAAUUUCGGGCGAUGAGAUCUUCCUGCGGCUCUAUCACAAGCUGUUUGAGCCAGAGCAGGGUUCUGCUCCAUCCGUCCACUGAGCUCUUUCACACAGCAUACAGUAUAAUUGUCUAAGCUGGAAGUUGAGCUUCCAAUGAAGGAAAUUCUUGGAGGAACCACUCCCCCCAGUUCCCAGUUCUCACCGCGAGGCAGCCUGACUAGUACCAGGAGGUCCUAGGACUUCUUACUAAGUUCGUUCUAGUAGAAACGACGUCUGUCGUUGGCUGACCCCUUGGAUCAAAUUACUAGAAACAGAUGAGGUUUGUGUCAAGUCUGAGACCUAGAAAGGAGAUGUCCACCGGCGCUACUAAGCAGAGGACUGCUCGGAGCAGGAGAAUAGCUGGAGCACUUUGGACGCCGGAGGAAGACAAGAUCUUAUUGGCCCACGUGGCAAAGCAUGGCACACAAAAUUGGUUACUUGUCAAAUCCAUGGGCCUGCUGCCCACACGAAAUCACAAGGCGUGCUGUAACCGCUAUAUUCUGCUCAAGAGGAAGCUCUCCAAGCUGGGUCAUCUUACACCACACAUGGACAUGGCUGCAAAAGUGGAGAUGCCUGCUGUGCCCACCACUCCUGCUGUGCCCACCAUGCCUGCGGUGGCUGCUGUGCCACUGUUGACUGCUGUGCCAACGGUGGCUGCAGAUGGUGGCUUGACACGAGACACGGCGAAGUCUGCGAAAGCUGGGAUUGCUGCUGUGCGGACGGUGCCUGCGAAUGCGGCUGCUGUGCCAACGAUGCCCCGGGCGACUGGGAUGGCUGCUGCGCCAACAAUGCCUGCGAAUGCUGGAAUGGGGACGGCGAAGACAACGCAGCAGACUCUAGAUGAACGAGAUGAAUGUCUUCUUAGAGCCUCAUUCUGUCAUCAGCACCACUCCUGCUGUCGUCAGCAGCAGUUCAGAUUGUGUCAUCAGCACCACGCGUCGUCUCAGCAUCAGCACACGCCAAACCAUCAACAAUGGGACACGGAAACAACCAUGGCUGAGAGCAGCCCUCUGAUGCGGGGGAUGCAGAACUCAACCGCAGCUGCAAGAGCAGAGGGCUCGUGCAAGAGAGCUUCAGGAGAGCCAAUCGCAUCUGCUACACUUGACCUUCAGAUUGAAUCAGCAACAACAGUGAUGAGCCAAGCCAAUAUGGAGGAUGAAGCAGCAGAAGCAGCCAGUGAUGAGAUGAUGGUUGGAAUUACAAGCCCAGCAGCAAUGUCCUCACACUCCCUAUGUGCACCCGAGCGCGUACACAUUCCGACAUCGCGAAUUAUCCGUUCAGCGCCAAAAGAAAGCCUUCAAACUCCACAGAUGCACCUGUCAGGAUCAGAGCAUUGCCUUCCAGUGUUCCCCUCUCAACCGCUUCUCCAGGCCACAUCCGAGUCAUCAGCCUCGAAACCGUUCGCUGCACAUCUUCCCCCUCGUCAUCCUACUCUUUCUCUUACUCUCCCUCCUAUUCGCCCCCCUACUCUCGAUCUUCCUCCUACUCGCCCUCCCACUCCUCCAACUACCCCCACUACUCUCCCCCCUCCGCUCUCCCUUCCUCAUGGGAAAGUGGACCACGGAACCUCAUUUCUGGUUGCAGCACCUGCACAGGAAUGGAAGGGUGUUGAAACCACAUGCUUGGUCGAGUCGCUUAUGCAGGACCUGGAGGAGACUGAAGCCUUCUUCUUGGGUGCCCUACCUGAGCAGACGAAUUUGCAGAUGCCUCAGCAGGUGUAUCAGCAGGUGCAUCAGCAAGAGAAUUCUGCGGAGGGAAUCAAUGCCUGUUGCAGUUUGCCAGUUGUUGCGAAUCAGUGGCCACUUGUCUACCAUGCAGCACAGGGUGCAGUCUCUGCUGACACCAGCCAUAGGCAUCAGCACGUACCUGCUGGGGAUGCUGCUGCUAAUGCGCCUCCUCCUCCCUCUGCUGAUAUGGCUCCUCCUCUCUCUGCUAAUGCGGCUCGUUUUCCUUCUGUUCCUUUUGCGUAUGCUCCUUCCCCUACUGCUCCUUUCCCAUCUGCUCCUUGCCCCACGGCGCCUUCUGCCGCUUCUUCUCUUUCUGCCGGUGCAAUUUUACUCGCCUUUGCUGAGUUUCUCUCUGCUGCUGCCGUAUCUCCUGGUCUACCUGGCCCGCACUGUGCUGCCAUGGCUGCCGGGGCUCCGAGUGUCAGUUCUGAUUGGCCGGCAGCCAUCGACGCUGCCGAUUCAACCGCUGCCAUUGAUGGCGCAAUUGCAUCGCUCCUUAUUCAGGCGGAGCUGAUCAGAAUCAACAAUGCCCGGCUGCUGCUAGCUCCUAUACCUCCAACAUCCGCAGCAGCCGUUCAGGUUGCCCCAGCACCCUCUCCCCGCCACCCAGAAAACACAGCGCGCCCCUCUGCACCUCUCUCGGUCGCUCUUUUUGCCCCUCUUUCUGCUUCACAGCCAACAUCGCGGUCCGGAACACCCGUUCUUCGUAUUCCACCUUUAUCACUGCCACCUGCUGCUCCCCCCUCUGCUGCUGCUCCUCCUGCUGCUGCCGCUCAUCAACUUCCUCCUCCUUCUCCUCCUCCUCCUGCUGCUGCUGCUGCUGCUGCUGCUGCUGCUGCUGCUGCUGCAGCUGCUACGCCUGCCACUACCAGUUCACUGUUUCUCGGGCCAUCUAGCUCUGCUGCUGUUGCUACUGCCGACGGCCGUGCUGCUGAUGACCGUGCUGCUGUUGCUGCACCAGAGGUGCGGCUGAAGCCGGAUGAGCUGUUUGAAGCAUGGUGCAAUGGGCCCUUCUCCAGGGUUCUCCACAGCAUCUGACCAGAGCUUUGAAUCUCUGCCCAUUCACGUACAACUAGAUGGAGGUUUUUGAACGUGUUCCUCCACACCUUGCAUCAGACGUGCCUUGGAAAAUGCUCAUGUGGUCCUGUUGUGCAGUUGAAUUGCCUGAUUACAAGGCCCGGCUCAGUUCAGCUCAGUCCGAGCCGACACGAGCGUGCGUGGUGCACUUGGGCUAUAUCAAGGUUACCAUCAUUGUGCGGGAUGGUAUGUACCCUGCCCACUGUCCUUCAAAGUUAGAGUGCAAUAGGAGCUCGGUUCGAUUGCCUAUGGUACCAGUUUUUUUUCAAAAUGGCAAUGCAUGGAUGACUUGUAGAUACCACGAGCAGUGGACAA